UCAUUUCAACCAUGGGCCUAAAAAUGGCGUCUCACCCCGUAGUCGCUGACUACUCCAAACACUUCCUUGCUCCGCUCGAGCCUUCUCCACACAAUUUCAGCUCCACCAUUCUUCGCCGCCAUUUCCGAACUGCCUCCACGGCGACGAGCAGGAGGCUGACCCACUGUUUGGCUGUCAGGGGGUCUCUUGAUCGCCGCUCUUUCAUCGCCGAGUCUGCGGCCGCGGUUUCUCUCUUUCCUUAUGUCGGCUUCUCUCCGGCUAGAGCUGUCAACGAGCAGCUGUCGGAGUGGGAGAGAGUUUACCUGCCUAUCGACCCCGGCGUGGUGCUUCUAGACAUCGACUUUGUACAUGACGACUUCAAACACGGCUUUCUGUUGGGGACUAGACAAACUAUUUUGGAAACGAAGGAUGGAGGAAACACCUGGGUAUCACGAUCUAUUCCCUUAGCAGAAGAGGAAGAUUUCAAUUAUCGUUUUAAUUCAAUCAGCUUCAAAGGGAAAGAGGGGUGGAUUGUUGGAAAACCCGCCAUAUUGUUGCAUAGCUCUGAUGCUGGGGAAAACUGGGAGCGGAUACCAUUAAGCUCUCAACUACCUGGUGAUAUGGUAUGUAUACAUGCAACGGGUGAAAACAGUGCAGAAAUGCUAACCGAUGAAGGUGCUAUAUAUCUUACAUCAAAUAAAGGUUACAACUGGAGGGCUGCUGUGCAAGAAACUGUAUCUGCUACACUUAACAGAACGGUUUCUAGUGGCAUUAGUGGAGCUAGCUACUAUACAGGAACAUUUAGCACAAUCAACCGUUCCCCUGAUGGUCGUUAUGUUGCUGUUUCAAGCCGUGGUAACUUCUACAUGACCUGGGAGCCAGGGCAGCCAUUCUGGCAACCACAUAAUAGGGCUGUUGCUAGAAGAAUCCAAAACAUUGGUUGGAGAGCUGAUGGCGGGCUUUGGCUACUUGUACGUGGUGGAGGAUUAUAUCUUAGCAAAGGAACAGGGUUAAUGGAGGAGUUUGAAGAAAUACCUGUGCAGAGCCGUGGUUUUGGCAUUCUUGAUGUUGGCUAUCGUUCACAGGAUGAGGCUUGGGCAGCUGGUGGGAGUGGGAUUUUGUUGAAAACCACAAACAGUGGGAAGACAUGGAUUCGGGACAAAGCUGCCGAUAAUAUUGCUGCUAAUCUUUAUUCAGUCAAGUUUAUCAACGAAAAACAAGGUUUUGUACUGGGUAAUGAUGGUGUGUUGUUAAAGUAUCUUGGAUAGAUGAAUGCUUCCGCUCGACUAUGGACUGGGAAAAAAACAGAUUUCCUGGGUCGUGGCAGGUUUCAAAUGAGCAUCUUUUUCAAAUGUUAACCCUUUGAGAAUGGAGCUCAUUCAAUGAGACCAUUGACUACUACGAAAGCAAAUAGUUGAACGACAAUCAACGAUAUGGAAGUUACCUGGUGUACAAUUAGUUAAAGCUUUGUAAUAGAAAUGGAAUAAUAAUAAUAAUAAUAAUAAUUACGGAGUAUUAUUAUUAUUAUUGUUAUUAUUAGCUUUAUAUAUUACAAAGUACCAAAGUUGCUACAGCAUUUAACUCUGAUCUCCCGCCCAAUGCAUGUGAUGAUGUCAAGAUAAAUAAUAACUAAAGGUUCUAAUAUCCCACUUACAACAUUAAUACAAGGAAAUAAUAAUUAUGAUAUUUCAAAGGAAUGUCAUAAAACACUUACUUCUGUAGCUAACAGUUCUAAUAUUUUGAAGAGUAAAUUCCUAAACUAGGAGUAAAUCAUAACAAAAGUGCAAUAAUAGGAGUACAUUGUUCCGUGUAAUAUCAUAGGAGUAAAAAGACAUGGCUGGACAAAAUUGCCCUUAAUGAAAACCCUAAUUAUAUUUAUUAAAAAUGUAAAAUAGAAUAAUAAAAAGGCCGUAACAUAACGAUAGCAUAGCCUCUUGCGCUAGCACCACCUACAAUAGAUGUCGACGCCGCCUGACACCAACAUCACCUCGUGGCCGAUCGGUCAGCCGCUGGACGCCGCCACCACCAGUCACGGCCGCCGCCUGUUGCCAUCCGCCGCCACCGCCGCCGGUGGAAUUCAUGUAACACCACCACAUUUUUCUCCAUCACUGUCCAUCUAAAAUAUGUGCA